AUGGAAUCACAGCCUGUUGUCUUGGAGAUGGCAGGCAAUUGUGAUGGAACGACGAAAUCAAACGACGCUUUUGUCAAAGACAUAACAACCGAAGGGAAACAAUCAGACACGUUUACAGAUGAGGGAACAAGUGAACUUGUCGAGUUACCUCCUCUAACAUACAUUGACUUCAUCCCAGAAUGCAAAGAAUCGCAGACUGCAGGGAAAGAACCUAGCUAUGCAGAUUUCGGGUCAGUAGUAGAUCAAGCAAAUAGAUGGCUGCUCUCGGCUCUCAAGUUUGAAGUUUACAAAUGCGAGACCUUGUCUGUUAAACUGAGUGCUGAUUACAAGCCGCAGACUGGCCAGGCUUUGCUGCAUGUUGCUUCCAAUGGGAAAAACUCCUAUCUAAGAAUUUUGAGGUUGUGGUUGAUACCAAGAACAGAUUCGAACUCACCUGCACAACAAUUAGGGUACAUCACAGUACUACCCGACCACGCUAGUGGUAGCCGUACACAGGUUCUCAACUUGUUCCCUGGAACCACUACUACCAGAAAUGUGGUGGAAGUGAACCUGUCAUCCUUUGAUAACGUGAGAACCACUGUAGACAGACUGAACAGCCAGCUUCAGUUGAAACCACUUCCUGGGCGUGUGCUGACUGUUGAAACACAGACUUUCAAGUGCCUCGAGUCCGGUACAUGUGACAAACUCAACCCUGAAGCCUCUCUCUGGUCCGAAGCGGCAACAACAGCCAGACUGUACCUGACAGGACUCCGGAUUUUCUACGUGACAGGGCUGCCAGCAUGCGAGGCUAUCGGUUUCUAUGACGAAGUGCCAGAAAUGUUCCACAGCAAAGAUGGCUUGGGGUUAAAGGUCAAAUUUGCAACAGUUGACCAGACUUUGUCUAAAGCCUCCCAUUGGCUCCAACGACAGCAGGAUGUUCGAGUGGUCAGUAUUCAAAUGAUCGAUGUGAAGUUAGAACGAACACAAGUUUCAAAUUGUACAAAGGUUCAGUGUGACCCGCUCCAGUCUGGAUACACAGAAACUCCAGGUCUCACAGAGAUGAGAUAUACAAAGAUUUUAAGAAUCGCCUACAUUAAAGGAAAGACACUGGACAACUCACCACUUUACUCAGGCAUCAAUCUAACUUCAAGACUGUUUAUACCUGCACGAAUUAAGCGUAGAAAUUUCGAAACAUUUUCCCAGACAAUGCAUCAAGUGGCCAGCUGGCUGAGAACUUCUGGUACGCCAUUGUUGAUGUGUGAGACGACGAGGUAUUACUGUAGUAGGCCAGACUUCGUGAUCAACGGAUUUCAAAGCUAUCUCAUGUGCAUUUAG